AUGGCAGCAUCAACCGCGGACCCCACCCCAAUCUGCUCCUCCUGCGAUCACGACAUCGGGCUUGAAUACCAUGAUUCCAAGUGUCCCGAAGCCUGGCUGGCCCAGGACAGAGCCGACUCUCUUGCUGGCAGCGAUAUGGAGGAUGAAGAAGUAGAGUGUGGCUGCAAGAUCUGCACACGUACCAGACAUAUCCGCGAUGUGAUCAUACCGAGGCUACGAAUUGCUGAGGAGCCUGACUGGACUCUCGUUGAUUUUUUUGGUAUUGGAAAAGAAGGAGAGAAGAAAGGCAGCAGUCAACAUGAAGAGGAGACAGAGACCGGAAUUCAGACGCCUGAGUCUGAACCUGAACCUGCUCGGAGAAAGUAUACACCGUACGAACCAAGUCUAGAGGACUUUGACGAUUACUACAGCCUGGAUUUCUAUGACGAUUUUGGCAGGUACCGCUUCCCUGUCCCUGAUGAGUCAGCUUUGUCAGAGUCAAAGGAUGAUGAAGAGUACGAGAUCAUCGAGGAAACUUUCUGGUGUGAGUGCUGCAAGGAAUUCUUUCCUGAGAUUCUGGAUAAUGAUACCUCGAUAGAGCAACAGCCAGAGCCAGAGCCACGAAGAGAGCAAGAACAUGAUCUUGAGCCACAGUUUGUAGCCGAUGACGACCUCGAUCUCGACAAUAUCGAGUAUUGCGACGGCUGUGGCCGGUACCAUCAUCCACUAUCUGAGGGUGCUCUUCCUAAGUCUGUUCCAUCCUCCGAACUUACAAACCUCUUGACAGACACAGAGUAUGAUGCCGAGGACGAGGACGAGGGAGACGACGAAGAUGAAGAUGAGCAGGAGGAGGAAGAAGCCACAGCAGACAAUUUAGACUCGGAAUCCAAGGAGAAGGAAUGGGCCUGGUUCUGCAAAUGCUUCCCCGGCGACGAGACUGACUCGGCUAGUGACGAUAGGGACAACUCUGAUGGCGGAUUGAAGCUUUGCGAGCGAUCUGUGUGCUACAAAGAUACCGGCGAUGAUGUUCCUGCUGGUCAGGAACAUGCCAACCUGGUUAAGUACUUUCCGGCCGAGCUGGAUGAUGAAGGCAGCCCAUAUGAGUCUUUGACCUUGGCUGAAGAAAUGGAACGCACGGUUGUGAUCUUGGAAUUGAUAUCGAGUCUAAAAGAUAGACUGUAA